GUGGCAAAGUAUUCACUUUUAACAUCACUACUACUAAAUAUUAAUUGAAAAUAAAACGUGUUGACGGGGAAAAACUUUGGAAAUGAAAAUCGUUUGUUCCUAUUCAAAUCCGCCAAUUGGUGGACUGGCUGUUGUGAAAAUGGCCAAGUCAGCUAGCACGGCAAUUGAAUGGGGAAAGGAGCCAUCUAUCACCUUUGACAAUGGAACUUCUCUGACUUGUGUCACGAACAACGAUGUCCUUCGGGCUCUAGCAAGGGGUUUUCCCAGCCUUAGUUUGUAUGGAACAACUCCAGCUGAGCGCACACAAAUUGAUCACUGGCUCACUUAUUCGCUUAUUAGCGGCAACAAUCUUAACGAUACUUUGCACUAUCUCAACAAGUGCUUAGCUCCAUUGACAUUUUUGGUUGCCAAUAAGUUGACGAUAGCUGAUUUAGCAGUAUACAAUGAGAUUUAUCAGCAAUUGGAUGUGGUCACGAAGAUUGGACUUCCAAUAAAUGUGCAACGUUGGUAUGACCUUGUAUCUGCUAUGCCAUGCAUAAAGCUGGCAAUUAAAGAUUUGCCGGACGACGCAAAACGUUCUGAUCGCUCGGUGCAAGUCAAGUUGGGAGGCAGCGACCGAAAACAAGAAGGAAAGUUUGUAGACUUACCUGGAGCAGAAAUGGGAAAGGUCAUUGUUCGAUUUCCACCUGAGGCGUCUGGAUAUUUGCAUAUCGGUCACGCAAAGGCAGCUCUCUUGAAUCAAUAUUACCAACAAGCUUUCCAGGGAAAACUUAUAAUGAGAUUUGAUGACACAAACCCUGCCAAAGAAAAUGUUCACUUUGAAAAGGUCAUUCUGGAGGAUUUAGAAAUGCUGGAAAUAAAGCCGGAUUUAUUUACACACACGUCACAGUACUUUGACUUGUUGCUCGAAUAUUGUGAGCAAUUAUUGAGGGAAGGAAAAGCGUAUGUGGAUGACACUGAGCCGGAAUUAAUGAAGCAAGAACGGGAGCAACGACAAGAGUCUAAAAAUAGAAAUAACGAGAUCGAAAAAAACUUUUUAAUGUGGCGGGAAAUGUUAAAAGGGUCUGAAAUCGGACAAAAAUGUUGUGUUCGUGCUAAAAUUGAUAUGAGCUCACCGAAUGGUUGUAUGCGUGAUCCGACGAUUUAUCGUUGUAAGAAUGAGCCUCAUCCACGGACCGGUACAAAAUAUAAAGUUUAUCCAACAUAUGACUUUGCUUGUCCGAUUGUUGAUGCCAUUGAAAACGUUACGCACACUUUAAGAACAAUGGAAUACCAUGAUCGGGAUGACCAAUUUUAUUGGUUUAUCGAGGCUUUGAAUUUGCGAAAGCCCUACAUUUGGGAAUAUAGUCGUUUGAACAUGACCAAUACAGUUCUAUCGAAGAGGAAAUUAACGUGGUUUGUAGAACAAGGGCUAGUGGAUGGAUGGGAUGAUCCUCGUAUGCCCACCGUUAGGGGUGUUUUGCGUCGUGGAAUGACCGUUGAAGGUCUCAAACAAUUUAUAAUUGCACAAGGUUCCAGUAAGGCGGUCGUUUUUAUGGAAUGGGAUAAAAUUUGGUCAUUCAACAAAAAAGUUAUCGAUCCAAUUGCACCACGAUACACCGCACUAGAGAAAGAAAAUACUGUCGUUGUGAAUGUAUCCGGUGCAAAAUUGGAAAAGAUUUCUGUUGCAGCCCAUCCAAAAAAUGCAGAUGUCGGACUAAAGGACGUAUGGGUCGGUCCUAAAAUUCUUAUUGAUCACAUUGACGCAUUAGAACUGAAGGAAGGUGAAAACACAACAUUCAUUAAUUGGGGAAACCUUAUGAUAAACAAAGUGAAUAAGGCAAAUGGAAAAGUAACUUCAGUGGAUGCAUCUCUUAAUUUGGAGAACAAAGAUUACAAAAAAACUCUCAAACUGACAUGGUUAUGUCAAACAAAUGAAGCAGAUUAUCCCCCAACUUAUUGCGUGUAUUUUGAUCAUAUUAUCUCGAAACCCGUACUAGGAAAAGAUGAGGAUUUCAAACAGUACUUAGGAAAAAAUACAAGGACGGAGGUGCCAAUGCUUGGAGAUCCAGAAUUGAAAAAGUGCAAAGUUGGUGACAUAAUUCAACUGCAGCGGCGUGGAUUUUAUCGUGUUGAUCAAGCUUAUGCACCUGCAAGUGAAUUCUCUGGAGUCGAACAAUCUGUUAUUCUAUUUUUCAUUCCGGAUGGCCACUCAAAAGAACAACCAACCACUGGUGUACCCAAAAACAUGAAAGAGACAUCGAAGAAUCAAAAUACUAACAAGAAAGUAUCACAUCAAAACAACGGAGAACAGUUGAACGUUGAGAUUGUUAGACAAGGUGAUUUAGUUCGCGAGUUAAAAGCAAAUAAAGCAUCUAAGGCGGACAUUGAUGCUGCAGUAAAAAUAUUAUUAGAACUAAAGACAAAGUAUAAAUCAACAACAGGUCAAGAUUGGAAGCCUGGAACACAAAUUACUCCUCUCGUAUCAAAAAUUUCAGAGAGCGCUGGCAAUAUUGAUGCAAAGAUUGUGCAACAGGGUAAUCUUGUACGAGACCUAAAGGCCCAAAAAGCUACGAAAACGGAAAUUGAUGCAGCUGUAAAAGUUCUCCUCGACUUAAAAUCGCAAUACAAGUCAUCUAGCGGACAAGAUUGGAAGCCUGGACCACAAACUACACCUGUUUCUUCUGGUUUAAAAGUUUCCGAGACCGCUGGUAGUAUUGAUGCAAAGAUUGUGCAACAGGGUAAUCUUGUACGAGACUUAAAGGCCCAAAAAGGUGCAAAAACGGAAAUUGAUGCAGCUGUAAAAGUUCUCCUCGACUUGAAAUUGCAAUACAAGUCAUCUACUGGACUAGAUUGGAAGCCAGGGCAACCAGCAACAGCAUCUAUCAAUAAGGACUCUGCGUCAUCCUCAGAAAACUCAAUUUUGUUACAAAUUACUCAACAAGGAAAUUUAGUUCGUGAUUUGAAAGCUAAAAAAGCUACCAAAGCAAAUAUUGAUUUUGCAGUUAAAACGUUACUAGAAUUAAAGGGACAAUACAAAACGUUGACUGGAAAGGACUGGACGCCAGAAUUAGCAGCAAGUACUCCGAUUAAAGAAAAAAAUAAAGAAAAUAUGUCACCAGUUACUAAUUCCGAUAAGGCUACCCAAGAGUUGACUGAAAAAAUUACUGCUCAGGGAAAUGUUGUGCGUGACUUGAAAAGCAAAAAAGCCACAAAGUCUGAAAUUGAUUCUGCCGUUAAAAUCUUGUUAGAUUUAAAGGCUGAAUACAAAAAUGUUACCGGAAAGGAUUUUCCAGUUGCUGGACGUCAACAAGAACCUAAGAAGGAAUCAAAGCAUCAAAAACAAAAGCUUGAACAAAAACUUAAGCAAGUGGAUGAAUCUGCUGGAAAUAAGAAACAAACUCGAUUAGGCUUGGAAGCAAGAAAAGAGGACAACUUACCCGAAUGGUAUUCCCAAGUAAUAACUAAGGGAGAAAUGAUUGAAUAUUAUGAUGUAUCGGGAUGUUAUAUUCUCCGUCAGUGGUCUUUCGCAAUAUGGAAAGCAAUUCGAACUUGGUUUGAUGCUGAAAUUACUAAACGAGGUGUUAAAGAAGCUUAUUUCCCAUUAUUUGUAUCUAAAGCGGCGUUGGAACGGGAAAAAGAUCAUAUUGCGGAUUUCGCUCCUGAGGUUGCAUGGGUGACAAAGUCAGGUGACUCUGAUUUAGCAGAACCAAUUGCUGUAAGACCUACGUCUGAAACUGUCAUGUAUCCAGCAUAUGCAAAAUGGGUGCAAAGCUAUCGAGAUUUACCGAUCCGGUUGAAUCAAUGGAAUAAUGUUGUAAGGUGGGAAUUUAAAAAUCCAACUCCAUUUUUAAGAACACGUGAGUUUUUAUGGCAAGAAGGCCAUACAGCAUUUGCUACUGCAAAAGAAGCAGAAGAAGAAGUGUUGGAUAUUCUUGAUCUGUAUCGUCAAGUAUAUGAAGAUUUAUUGGCAAUACCAGUUGUAAAAGGCCGCAAAACCGAAAAGGAAAAAUUUGCGGGCGGAGAUUAUACAACAACGGUUGAAGCUUUUGUAUCGGCUAGUGGUCGUGGCAUUCAAGGUGCAACGUCACAUUUUCUCGGACAAAAUUUUUCGAAAAUGUUCGAAAUCGUAUUUAAUCGUCCUGACAAUCAAGAAGUGGAAUAUGUGUAUCAAAAUUCCUGGGGCAUAACUACUCGAACAAUCGGUGUAAUGAUUAUGGUUCAUGCUGACAAUAAAGGACUAGUUCUUCCACCUCGUGUUGCCUGUAUCCAAGCGAUCAUUGUUCCUUGUGGCAUAACGGUAAACUCUACCGAUGAGGAAAAGAAAAAGCUCCUUGAGAAUUGUGUCGCACUCGAAAAGACAUUGGUAAAUGUGGGAGUACGUUGCGAAGGAGAUUACCGUGAAAAUUAUUCUCCUGCCUGGCGUUAUAACCAUUGGGAGUUGAAAGGAGUACCGAUUCGGAUUGAGCUGGGACCAAAAGAUAUACAGCAAAAUCAAUUAAUUGCAGUUCGGCGAGAUACUGGAGAAAAAAUUGCCAUUCCGAGAGAUCAAGCUGCAACAAAGAUACCUGAACUGCUUGAAACUAUUCACAAAAGUCUCUUUGAUCGGGCACACAAAGAUUUAACAGAUCAUUUAAAGAUCACAAAGUCCUGGAGUGAUUUUACAAAAUACUUGGAUGAGAAAAACAUAAUGAUGUCUCCUUUCUGUGGCGAAAUACCAUGUGAGGAAGUCAUCAAAGCCGAAAGUGCUCGUGAAGAAAAUUCCGAGCCUGGAGCCCCCGCAAUGGGAGCUAAGUCUCUGUGUAUACCAUUUGAACAACCAGCGAAGCUCUUAGAUACAGAUAAGUGCAUACACCCAUCUUGCAAUAAGAAACCUAAAUUUUAUUGCUUAUUCGGUCGCAGUUAUUAAGCAGACAAUAACUUUUGUGUUUACUACAAAUAAUUUUUAUUAACUUUUGAACAAAUUUUACUUUAAAUUUGCAACACAAACAAAAUGGUGAAUAAACAUUUCGAAACACAUUUAACUGAACAUUUUAAUGUGUUCCAUUUUAAAAAAGCUU